UAAUGCUAAAGGGUUACAGCUAAGGAAAGGAUAAAUGGGAGAGAAGAACAGGACAUCCUCACCACCAUCGUCUUAGCAUCAAAGACCCUCUUUUUUCUUCUUCCAAAUUCUGUUCUUGUAAUUUUGUUACAAUCCAACCAUGGCUUCCACUAGCAAUUCUAAGAUAACCUUUUGGAGGUACGAUGUGUUCUUGAGUUUCAGAGGCAAGGAUACCCGCAAGAACUUUACUAGUCAUCUCUUUAGGGCUUUGGAUCGUGCCAACAUUAAAACCUUUAUAGAUGAUGAAGAACUUCGAAAGGGAGAAGAGAUUGCACCCGAGCUCCUAAGAGCUAUUGAAGGAUCAAGGAUUGCCCUUAUUGUCUUCUCGAAAAACUAUGCUGAUUCCAAGUGGUGCUUGGAUGAACUCGUCAAGAUCAUGGAGUGCGAGAAAGAAAAGGGACAAAAGGUUUUUCCUAUUUUCUAUCAUGUGGAGCCGUCUGAAGUCAGGAAACAGACUGGGAUUUAUGGAGAAGCAUUUAACAAUCACGAAAGAAAUGCAGACGAGGAGAAGAAGAAGAAGAUAGAGCAGUGGCGGACUGCCUUAAGGAAAGCCGGUAAUUUGGGUGGAUUUCCUCUGCAGGAUAGAUCUGAGUCAGAGUUUAUUGAAGAAAUCAUUGGUCAGAUUCGAAGAUUAAUUCCUAAGUGGGUACAUGUUGGUAAGAACAUUGUUGGAAAGGAUGAAAAGUUGAAAGAAGUGAAGUUAUUGAUAGAUGCCCAAUCAAAUAAAGUGAGUAUGGUUGGGAUUUAUGGGACUGGUGGGAUUGGUAAAACUACCAUUGCCAAGGUUGUUUACAAUGAUAUGUUAGAUCAAUUUAAACGUCACAGCUUUCUUGAAAAUGUGAGAGAGAAAUCUAAAGAUGAUCGUGGUUUGCUUGAAUUACAAGAAAAACUUCUUUGUGAUAUCCUAAUGGAGAAAGAUCUGAAGUUGAGUAAUAUUGGUGAAGGAAUAGAAACGAUAGAGAGUAAGUGUUGCGUUGAAAAGGUUCUUAUUGUUCUUGAUGAUGUAGAUUGUAAAAGACAACUAGAAUUCUUAGCUCCUAACUCUGACUGUUUUCAUCAAGGAAGCAUAAUCAUUGUGACCACGAGAGAUAAACGUUGCCUAGAUGUAUAUGAGUCGUAUUCAUCAUAUGAGCCUAAGGUAUUAGCACGUGAGCAAGCUAAGGAACUCUUUUGUUGGAAAGCCUUCAAGCAAGACCAUCCCAUAGAAAAUUUUGUGGACCUCUCUAAUCGUAUACUGGAUUAUGCUAAAGACCUUCCAUUGGCUCUUGUAGUUUUGGGUUCUUUUCUCUUUCGAAGGGAUGUAGAUGAAUGGGAAAGCACAUUGGAUAAACUCAAAACAAACCCUCUCGAGGAUAUUCAAAAGGUACUCCAGAUAAGUUAUGAUGGACUAGAUGAUAAAUGCAAGAAGUUGUUUCUUGAUAUUGCAUGCUUCUUCAAAGAUGAGGAUGAAAAAAUGGUUACAAGAAUACUAGAAGGUUGCAAAUUCCAUCCCAAGAUUGGACUAAGAAUUCUUGGUGAGAGGUGUCUUAUUUCUAUAGAGGACAACACUAUAAGGAUGCAUGACUUGUUACAAGAAAUGGGUUGGGCAAUUGUUCGCCAAAAUGAUCCAGAACAUCCUGAAGAAUGGAGCAGAUUAUGGGAAUUACAAGAUAUUGAAAAUGUAUUACCACAAAAUAUGGGGACAGAAAAUAUUGAGGGGAUUUUCAUAAAUCAGUCUCACGAUACAGGAAACCGUAUGCAACUUACUGCUGAAACUUUCAAAAAGAUGAAUCGACUUAGAUUGCUCAAAGUCACAUCUAAUCCGACAGUGCAGCUUUCCCAAGACUUUGAAUUGCCUUGUCAUGAUUUAGUAUAUUUUCAUUGGGGUGGCUACCCUUUAGAAUCUUUGCCAUCAAAUUUUCAUGCAGACAAUCUUGUUGAACUCGACCUCUGGUUCAGCAACAUAAAACAUUUUUGGGAAGGAAACAUGCCUGCUAAAAAGUUAAAAGUCAUUAAUCUUAUGUAUUCCAAGCAUCUGGUUGAUAUUUCAAGCAUCUCAAGUGUGCCAAAUUUGGAGAUUUUAAUUCUAGAAGGGUGCAUAAGGCUUGAGAGUCUUCCAAGGAACCUUCAUAAGCUGGAAUGCCUUCAAACACUCUCUUGUAAGUACUGUUCAAACUUAAAAAGUUUUCCGGAGAUCGAGGAAGAAAUGAGAAGUCUAAGAAAGCUUGAUUUAAGUCAGACAGGUAUAACGGAAUUACCAUCAUCAAUCGGGAAUCUAAAUGGGCUUGAAGACUUAGACUUAAGUUUUUGCAGUAAUCUUUUGAGUCUUCCGGACAGUAUUUAUAGUUUGAGCUCUCUUCGAACUCUUUUAUUGGGAUUCUGUUCAAAACUGAAGGGCUUUCCAGAUAUCAAUAUUGGAAGUCUAAAAGCUCUUGAAUAUUUGGAUUUGUCACAGUGUGAGAACCUUGAGAGUCUUUCGAACAGUAUUGGUGGUUUGAGCUCUCUUCAAACUCUUUUAUUGAAAGGCUGUAUAAAACUGAAGGGCUUUCCAGAUAUCAAUAUUGGAAGUCUAAAAGCUCUUGAAUUGUUAGAUUUCUCAUGUUGCAGAAACCUUGAGAGUCUUCCGGACAGUAUUUAUAGUUUGAGCUCUCUUCGAACUCUUUUAUUGGGAUUCUGUUCAAAAUUGAAGGGCUUUCCAGAUAUCAAUAUUGGAAGUCUAAAAGCUCUUGAAUAUUUGGAUUUGUCAGAGUGUGAGAACCUUGAGAGUCUUCCGAACAGUAUUGGUGGUUUGAGCUCUCUUCAAACUCUUUUAUUGGAACAGUGUUCAAAACUGAAGGGCUUUCCAGAUAUCAAUAUUGGAAGUCUAAAAGCUCUUGAAUCGUUAGAUUUCUCACGUUGCAGAAACCUUGAGAGUCUUCCCAUGAGCAUUUACAAUUUGAGCUCUCUCAAAAGUUUGAAGGUUUCAAAUUGUCCAAAACUCAAGGAAAUGUUAGAGAUGAAACUAGGGAUUGAUCCAUUCCCCUGGCUAUGUUCACCUGUAACCUGUCACAUUUCAAAUUCAAAAAUAAUCUGGGAUGAUGGUUUUUCCUCAUUAGAAGCAUUAAACCCACAGUGCCUCCUGUCAUCACUGGUAGAAUUAUCUGUAAGAAAGUUUUAUGGCAUGGAAAAAGACAUCCUCAGUGGCAGUUUCCACCUAUCCUCAUUGCAAAUAUUAUCUCUAGGGAACUUCCCUAGCAUGGCAGAAGGAAUCCUCGAUAAGAUUUUCCAUCUAUCUUCAUUGGUAAAAUUAUCUCUUACUAAAUGCAAGCUAAAGGAAGAAGGAAUCCCCAGUGAUAUUCGGAACCUAUCUCCACUGCAACAAUUAUCUCUACGUGACUGCAAUCUAACGGAAGGAAAGAUCCUCAAUCAUAUUUGCCAUCUAACAUCCUUGGAAGAAUUAUAUCUGGGUUGGAACCAUUUUAGUAGCAUUCCUGCUGGCAUCCGUCGACUUUCCAAUCUAAAAGCCCUUGACUUGAGUCACUGCAAGAACCUUCAACAAAUUCCGGAGCUUCCAUCAAGUCUACGAUUUUUAGAUGCGCACUGUUCGGAUGGUAUUUCAUCAAGCCCCUGGCUUCUACCUAUUAUUCAUUCUAUGGUCAAUUGCUUCAAAUCAGAAAUUGAGGUGGGCGUGGUUAUUAAUCGUUAUUCUUCCUUCUUGGGCAAUGGAAUUGGUAUUGUUAUUCCUAGAAGUAGUGGAAUUCUAGAGUGGAUAACGAAUCGGAAUAUGGGAAGGAAUGAAGUAACAAUAGAGCUCCCUCCGAAUUGGUAUGAAAAUGGUGACUUGUGGGGAUUUGCUUUAUGCUGUGUUUAUGUUGCACCUGCCUAUGAAUCUCAGUAUGAAUCAGGUCAUAUAUCUGAGGAUGACAGUGAACUUGACGGUGAACCAGAGUUCCAUUGUGAUUUGAGAAUCAAAGGAAAUAAUCAAUCAGAAUACUUGGGUUCUUUCUAUCUCUGUUCUCGCUGUGUUAAAUAUGAUGUAUCAGAUAUGCAGUGGGUGAUAUGUUAUCCCAAGUUAGCUAUUGAGAAAAGUUAUCACACCAAUCAAUGGACACGCAUCGAGGCUUCAUUUUAUGGGUAUGAUGCCCAAGUGAAAGAGUGCCGAAUCCGUCUUGUAUACACAGUAGAUUAUGAACAGAAGCAUCCAACAAUGGCACAACGCAGUACUUCUCAUGGGAAUUUUGGUGACCAUGGAUUAGAAAGAGAAGCUUUACUACUCUUAGAUACUAAUAGUAAAGCUCACAAUAAAAGGAAUCCCACAGAACAGAGCCUAGGAGAGGAGUCACACCAUAAAAGAUUCAGAGAAACCCAAGACUGAUCCCAAGUAUCAGGCUCAACCACACUCGCAUCACUGAUGUUCUCUUUACUGGAUAGCUCUGUGCAAGCAGUCUCGACGGUGGAACAAGUAAAACAAAUGGUACCUGCUGACGCUGAGAGGGCAGAUGAUAAAUUGGUGCGGAAGGUGGUCAACCAAAAGAAUCAGACAGCAAAAACUAAAAAUCCCAUGAAGCCUGCUACUGAAGCAGUCUCAGCACCUGUUUCUAGGAGGGGUGAGAUUGAAGUGACUGAAGAAAAGGAGGAUCAGCAAACAAAGAAGGAAGAGGAGUUGGCCAGGAAGGUAGAGGAAUUGAGAAGUGAAGAAGAAGCAGCCAUGUUGAAGGAGCAAAGUCCGUUGGAGGAGAAAGCCAACGUUAAGGAGGCACUGGAAACGAAACAAGGAACUGCAGAAAAGGCCAAUUUCUCUUGAGUGCUGCCACCUUUUCAGGAUACAGCCAUAAUAAUGGAUGUUAAAAGCAGUCUAACUCUACAUACUUCCUUGCAUUAUACUAGUCAUUGAAGAUUCAGGAUCAUUAUUUCAGACA